AUGGAAACAGAGCACCGGCCUUCCAGGGUCCUUCAUCGGUCUACGUCCCACUUGCACGACUAUGGCAGAAGCGUCAAGCACUUGUUCAGUUCUAAGCCAGUGACGCCACCACAAGUAAAGAUCAUUUCUUCCAACGACAAGAUCGACGAAGAGAACAACCCCAAGUACAAUGCCCUUACAUUCUACCCUGCCAAGCUCGAUGAGAUCCUCGACAAUCGCUACAAACUCCUGGCUAAGCUAGGUCAUGGUAUGACUGCAACCGUGUGGCUUGCGAAGGAUCUUCAGGCUACUCCAAGCUCUUCCAGAAAAUAUGUGACCAUCAAGAUUAAUGUCAACACUCUGUCGACUGAGCAUUUCAAAUCUCGACGACAGAUUUCCGAGCGCCUCGCUACGGCAGAUCCGACUCAUCCCGGCUACAAUCAUGUCCGGUUCUCCCUUGAUUCUUUCAGGAUCAAAGGUCCUCGGCACGGUCUUGAUCGCUCCCCAGAGCAUCUUUGCAUCGUGUACGACGUCCUUCGAGAGCCAAUCGAUGAGUGUAUGAGGAGAUGGCCCAACGCGAGAUUCAGUGGUGCCAAGCUACGCCUGCUACUGCCCUCUCUUCUCCUAGGUCUGGACUAUAUGCACACCAGCGGUGUUGUCCAUACUGACCUGAAGGCCGACAACAUCAUGAUGGGAUUAGGCAACCCGGAAGUUCUCGAAAACUUUGUCCAAGACCUCAUCAAGAAUCCUCAAGCCCGGAAAAUGCCAGACUCCCAUGGUCGAAUCAUCUACAAAGAGCGAAGUGAUUUUGGCGUCGCACCCACUGACGAGGUCAUCAAGAGUGCCAAAAUCACCGACAUCGGCCUAGCCGAGUGGGGAGAUCAGGAGAACAAUAAGCCGAUCCAGUCCAACGCCUUUACAGCCCCGGAAGUCAUUCUCACCGCGGGUUGGUCGUACCCAACCGACAUCUGGAACCUUGGUGUCAUGCUGUGGGACAUCGUUGGAGAGGAUGGCCUGUUCGAUGUCAUUGCAACUGGGCCAGGGAAAUACCACUCCGACCAGCAUCUCGGAGCUAUGGUCGCGCUUCUCGGCCCGCCACCGAAAGAGCUGCUUGAGAGAGGAUCAACAUCGGCUACCUAUUUCAAUGAGAAAGGUGAACUCAGGAAAACGAAGCUGAUCAAUGCUCGUUGCACGUGGGAUGCACAGAUCAAGAAAUUCAUGAAGGGUGAGGAGCGCGAACUUUUCAUCGAUUUCGCCAAGAAGAUGAUCUGCUGGCUCCCGGAGGAACGGUGGACUGCGAAGCAGCUUCUGGAUCAUCCCUUUCUAACCAAGACCGAAUUUGCUACGUGGCCCGAUCCGGAUGAGGAGACCGACUUCAUCGCGCAGUACGCUGUGACUCGGCCUCGAUCAAGCACCCAUACUCCACUGCCGACUCCCAGCCCGACUGGCGAGUCUCCUCCAGGUGAAAGUCCAGAGAAUACUCCUGCUCCUAGUAUCAGAGGUCUUGCUGCAACCGGUCGGGCAAGCACUGUCAGCUCGAUUGCUAGCGGCGUCAAUCUGACCGUGACGAGUGCGCCGCUGGCUAGAUCGUCUAGCAACAUCUCGAACCGUAGCUGCAAUGCAGCCACGCAAGAUCUUAUCGAUUCGAUCCUCAAGAGUGGAAAGCCGAAGAGUGGCACAUCCACCCCUGCCAUCAAGGAGGAACCGUCUGAGCCCAGCAGCACGACUUGA